AAGCAACAGUCCUAUCUCUAAGCUUUUGGGUCCUCUCCUCCAUGAAUCUCUUCCAGAUUCAUCAUCACCAUUGUCGACCCCAAGCUCUCUUCAUUCCCCAAACUACGCCUCCCCGUCCCUCUCUCUCUCCUCCUCCCCACUUUCUCUCUCUACGAAAUCCUUCAACUCUCCAUGGAACCAUCAAGCUUUCUCUCACUCUCUCUCCGUUUUCCCCAAUUUAUCUCUCUAGACGUCGGCUUAAGUUCGGACACUUUAGGGUUUCAAAAAUUGCAGAGCAGGUUUGGAGCAAUGGAGAAGAGGAAAAGAAAUCCUCUGAUGAUGAUGAGUUGGAGGAGGACUUGUCACCUGAAGGAGCUGUUUAUCAGAAGACUCUGAGAUUGGUGGAGUGUUCCAUGUUUGCUGCUGUUGCUGGGUUAGCUUAUUUCUUGAGCAAUUCUCUUGCAAUUGAGAAUUAUUUUGGUUGUUUUUUCGCAUUGCCAAUAGUAAUCUCCUCAAUGAGAUGGGGUGUAGCAGCUGGCAGAAAAACUAUGGUGGCGACUGCUAUGCUGUUACUUGUCUUGUCUGGUCCAGUGAAAGCACUAACCUAUCUGUUCAUGUAUGGUUUAGUUGGUCUGACCAUGGGUACUUUAUGGAGAUUAGGAGCAAAUUGGGGACUUUCGAUCUUCUUCUGCACGAUUGCUAGAGCUUUGGGUGCCAUGGGAUAUGUUCUGGUAUCCUCCUUCUUAAUUAGAGAAAACAUACUUGCUUUGAUCACCAUAAACGUUCAUGCUUAUCUUACAUACAUACUUGCUGCCUUGGGUAUCAAUUCAAUUCCAUCAAUGAAUGUGAUAUAUGUCAUUUUUGGGACACUGCUUAUGUUCAACUGCGGUUUCUUUGUGUUCUUGCUGCACAUUCUAUACGCAGUGUUCUUUACCAGACUUGGGAUGAAGGCUUCUUUGAGUCUACCUAGAUGGCUAGAGAAGGCAAUAUAAUAGCUGGAACAAGGGCUGUUUUGGAGAAGUUAGUUUGUAAUUUUUAUUUUUUUAAUAAUUACAGGCUAGAUCAUUCUGUUAAAUUUGUUGUAACGUAAUUAGAUAUGCAGUUGUGAUUAAUUAGGUAGUUUUGUUAGUUGAUUAGCUAUAUAUAUCUUUUUUAUUAUAGGGUUAAUAUAUGAGGAUGAAGGUCUUAAUUGUAUGAACUCAAGCUUUUGUAAAUUUAUAUUUUGAAAUGAAAGAACUUACUCUCUAUUUUCUUCA